AUGUUUCUCAUUUUUGGGUCAAUUCUCCUUGCUUUAUAUUUUGAGCCCAUUUUAUCAAUUUUGGCAGUGCAAAAAAAUGAGAUUCGAACUUAUGAAUCUUUAGAUGGUUUAUGGACUUUUGUAAGAGAACCAACAAAUUAUGGAGAUCUUGGAAUAACAAAUGAAUGGUAUUCAAAUGAUUUAAGCAAGUUUGAUGUUAGUCAUCCAAAUUUGAAAAAUUAAAUUCCUAAAACUAUUUUUAGAAUGCUACAGUAAUGCCUGUUCCAAGUGCAUAUAAUGAUCUUGGAACAUCAAGUGAACUUCGAGAUCAUAUUGGAUGGGUUUGGUAUGAGAAAAAAGAAAUUAUACCAUUUAGAGAUCAACAAUUUCGACAUUUUCUACGAUUUGCAAGUGUCAAUUAUUUUGCAGUUGUUGUAAGCUGCUUUGAAUUAUUUGUAAAAAAAAAAACAAAUCUACCGUAUUUUUACAGUAUGUCAAUUCACAAAAAGUGACAACGCAUGUUGGCGGACAUUUGCCAUUUGAAGUUGAUGUUUCUCAGUAUUUGAAAUUUGGAAUUGAAAAUAAGUUCACAGUUGCUGUAAAUAACACAUUAUCCUGGGCAACUAUUCCUCAGGGAGAUUUUAAUUAUCAAAAAGCUUCUUCGCGAAAUAUUUCUGGUAGAAUGGUGAGUUCAUAUUCGUUUAAAAGCUCUCGAAAUGUGCUAUCGAACAGUGUACGUUUUGUUAAAGUUAUUCGUCAAAAAUAGUUUUUUUACUCGAAAAACAAACGAUUUCCGCGCGCGCCUUCUCUCUGUUCAUUACACACACACAGUAACAAUAGCACAGCGCACAACCAGCCAUGUGUCGCGACACACAAACAUUGAAAUAGUGUGUGAAACACAAUCGAUUUGGUUUUAACCCAGUUAACCAAGGUAAUUUGGUGUUUUGACCUUUCGAAAGAAAGUGUUGAAAAACAACUGUAAUUUUUGGAUCCAGCUUCUUCGGGGUAUCCGGAGGGGCGAUCAAUUUUGAAUGAUAAAAAACAACGGAAUUUUUUUCAUAGACAGGGAAAGAACCUAAAAUCUUCUACAGUAAAAAAAACAAUUGCUUCAACAAAUUAUGUCAAAUUUUGCAGCUUUCCCGUCUUCCAUCUGGUGCUUUCAAAGAUGUUGGAAACUUCGAUUUUUUCAAUUAUGCUGGAAUUCUUCGUAGUGUUCAACUUGUCAAACUUCCAUCUUCAUAUAUUGAAAAUAUAAUAAUUGUUGCUGAUCACACAGGCUCAUUUUAUUAUGAAACAGCAAUCAGCGAUUUGAAUAAUGGAUUGGUUGUUGAAUCAAAAAUAUUUGAUGAUAAUAAUUUAGUGGUUUUCAAAUCAAAUUCAACAAAAGGCGAAGGACAAUUAGAAAAUGCAAAAUUAUGGUGGCCACGUGGAAUGGGAAAACCAAAUCUGUAUAUUCUCGAAAUAACUUUGCUUUCAUCAGAUGGACAAGUUGUUGAUGUUUAUAGAGAAACAUUUGGAUUCCGAACUGUUUCUUUAACUGAAUCACAAAUGCUUAUAAAUCAAAAACCAUUUUAUUGUCUUGGUUUUGGAAUGCACGAAGAUUUCGAAUUAUCUGGUCGAGGUUUUAAUCAAGUUGUAAUGACAAAAGAUUUAAAUUUAUUGGAAUGGAUGGGUGGAAAUUGUUAUAGAACAACACAUUAUCCAUAUGCUGAAGAAAGAAUGGCUGAAAAUGAUCGAAGAGGAAUUGCAGUUAUUGUUGAAACACCAGCUGUUGGAUUAAAGUAUGUUAUUUUCAAGUUUUCCCAAAACAAAUGUUUUUUCAGAGGAUUUCCAAAAGCUAAUAACAAUCUACACAUUAAAAUGUUGACAGAUAUGAUCGAUCGAGAUAAAAAUCACCCAUCUGUUAUUGCUUGGUCGUUAGCAAAUGAACCAGUUACAAAGAAAAAAGAAAGUCGAAAUUAUUUCAGGUAAUUUGAAAUAUGUUGCAAAAUUAGAAUUGGAUAUAUUUUCAGAAGUUUAGUUGAAACCGCUCAUGGAAUUGAUCGAACCCGGCCAGUUACAACAGUUUACGGACCAACAAAUUUCGACGAUGAUCAAACAGCUGAUUUGAUGGAUUUUAUUUGUGUAAAUCGAUAUUAUGGUUGGUAUAUUGAUAUGGGACAAAUGGAAUGGAUAAAUCAAAGUGUUUAUUGGGAUUUGUCACUUUGGAAAGAAACUUUCAAAAAACCAUUAAUGGUAACAGAAUAUGGAGCUGAUAGUAUACUAGGAUUGAAUCAAGAACCUUCGGUUGAUUUUUCUGAACAAUAUCAAUCUGAAUUAAUUCAUCAAACUCAUCUUGCAUUUGAUGCUUUGAGAAAAGAUCAUACAAUUACUGGAGAAAUGAUUUGGAAUUUUGCUGAUUUUAUGACUGGAAUGAGUGAGUUGAAAUAAUUGAAAUGAAAAUGAAAAUGGAAAUGGGAUUUGAAAAGAUAAGGGGGCGGGGUCACGUUUUUAUUCCAAUAAAAAAUAGUUGUUUUCAGAAUGGCUUUCGUAAAACCUACAGUACCCUAUGAGAACAAAUAUAAGGAAUUUUCUGGGUUACCGUAGUUUUACUUUCCAAAGAUAGUGUAAUAACUACAGUAAUUCUGGUAACUUUAGCUGAUUGGAAUCAACUUUUCGGAACUUCGGAAGUCCAAUUUUUACUUCCAAUUUUAUUUUCUCGAUUUCGGGGUUCCUACUUUUAAUUCAAAAUAAUUUUUCGGAACUUUGGAAGAAAUUCUGAAAAUCUAUAUAACCCAAAUAUAUUAUUUUCAGCUACAACACGAGCUGUUGGAAAUCAUAAAGGAGUUUUCACGCGAACACGUCAAGCAAAAAUGGCUGCCUACACUCUUCGAAAUCGAUAUUUAUCACUUUUUAAUCAAACUGAUCUUCCUUUAUGGGAUACUAAAAAGCAGCUUUAUUAA